AUCGCGCGAUUGUCUGAGAAGAAGUUGUUUUAUCUUUGAGGACAAUGCAUGAAUCCAAAACCACCAGUCGGGGCGUAUUUCAUCUUGCAGAAAAACGGUUUUCUUCACUCUUGUUAGUUUUGUUUAUUUUGUGGUAACAAUAACAUAUGCUUCAUUUGUUUGCUACCCAGUCGAAUCAUCGAGCUAGGUAAAUCCCACGGAUGCGCAUGUCGUUUUUUGUAUCUUCACUCUUUUAAAUUGGUCCCAGAGUUUGUAUUAAUUUGCACCAAAACAUAUAUUGAAAUCGUAACUAUAUAGUAAGAAAUUAAAAUAAAAUGUUAGUUUACACUCAUUUGAUAUUUAUUUAAACACCUUUUUACUUUUAAAUUGCAAUAUUAAAUUUAAACUAAUUUUACGUGAAAAUUCGAAGAAAAAUUUCUUCUAAUCGGCCUUCUAUUAAGGGACAAUGCCCGUCUUCUUCGGUUUACUUCAUCUCUCUCUCUCCUUGUCGUGGCGAAGACGACGAGUCUUCGAUUGAUUUUUAGCUUACACAUCUCACUAAAAUGGUGCAAUCAAAUGUGCAAAUCAAUUACUCCUAAUCAGACCUUUCUCGAUCACGUAUACACAAUCGGAACAUGGAAUGCGGCCGGUUUUGGGAGACAUUUCACGAGUUUCUGAUCUUCCAUGGCUCGAUCAUCUAAUUUGGUAACGAUUCAUUGCAUGUGCGCCUAAUUUUCCAUCAACACACACACAUUUCCUAUUUCUUCUGCAAAAUCUCAACCAUUUUGGAUCUUCAUAUGCAUACGCCAAUUAUAAGGUUAUUUUUCAAUUUUCCCCCAAACUCCAUCUCGUAACAUGAUUAUUUGAUAUCGACAUCAGCUCCUGCUCUUUCUACGAACGUUUCUAAACAGCAUUUGAUUUCAAAGCUUAAAUUAUGAAGAUAACAAUGUGAUUAGGCUUCUGUCUUGGUUGCCUUGUUGAAUUUCAGUAAAAUUAUGCAUCAUUAUCUGGACUAAUGAGCAGCAGUGACAAGUUCCACAAAUUCUGUAGUUUGAUUCGAUAUAACUACGUUCGAAUGCUUAUUUUCUGCUAACCUUUGUUCGAUACGAAAGGUUUUCUAAUUUGAUGAAGAACAAGUAGAUGCAUUAUAUAUAUGGAUGCAAAUAAUGUUUCUUAUGCCAGUCCUCUGUUUUAUGACGAGUCGAAUUUAUAUGACACUUGCAUUACUUUCUCAGAUGCCGGUAGUGAGGCAUCAAAAAUGUUGUAGAAUAUUCUUGCGAGGCAGUGUCUUUCCUGCAGCUUCUUUGAUCUUAGUCGGACUCUUCUUAUGGAGCAGAACAAUAACACAACACAAUAUAGAGGACAUGUUAAUAUGGAAUUUACAAGGUCCGAAAGGUUUAUGUAAGAACCAAUGCAGGCUUCCUGGAAGUGAGACGUUACCCGAAGGCAUAGUUUCCAGGACCUCUAACUUGGAGAGAAGACCACUAUGGGGUCUUCCAAAGAAGACAAAUACUUCUAAAAGUCUGUUUGCUGUUGCUGUGGGGAUAAGGCAGAAAAAUAAUGUAGAUAUGAUGGUCCAGAAGUUCCUAGGAAGUGAUUUUUCUGUCAUGCUUUUCCAUUAUGAUGGUAUUGUUGAUGAGUGGAAGGAUUAUAACUGGAGCAGCAGUGUCAUACAUGUGUCUGCUGAUAAUCAAACUAAAUGGUGGUUUGCAAAGCGGUUUCUACAUCCAGAUAUUGUAGCAGAGUAUAACUAUAUUUUCUUAUGGGACGAAGAUCUUGGUGUUGAAAACUUCGAUCCUGCCAGGUACCUAUCGAUUGUGAAAUACGAAGGGCUAGAGAUAUCACAACCAGCGCUAGAUCUUGACAAGUCUGAGAUGCAUCAUCUUAUCACAGCUCGAUCGGGGAGAUCUAAAGUCCACAGGAGGUCUUAUAAACACGACGGUAAGGGUAUUCAGUGCAAUGACAACAGCACCGGUCCUCCUUGCACAGGGUGGAUAGAAGUGAUGGCCCCUGUAUUCUCGAAAGCUGCAUGGCGUUGUGUGUGGUAUAUGAUCCAGAACGAUUUGAUCCAUGCCUGGGGACUAGACAUACGGCUUGGUUAUUGCGCACAGGGUGAUCGAACGAAAAAGAUAGGGGUUGUGGAUACCGAAUAUCUUGUUCACUACGGCCUCCCAACUCUGGGAGAUCCUCGCCAAAAGACGUCUAGAUGGAACAAGACCUCUUCUAAUGAAAAAAAGGAUAAAUCCGGGUCGGGCGAAAUCGACCAAAGACUCGCAGUGCGAAGAGAGUCGUAUAACGAGUACAAGGUGUUCAGGAGGAGGUGGAAGAAGGCAGCGGAGUCGGACCAGUGCUGGGCCGACCCGUACCCGGAGGAGGACCAUGAGCAAAACCAAAAGGACCACCCCUCCUUUUGGACCCAGACCUGAUCCAUCACAUAUCCAUUUUAUCAUUUUAAUACUUGUGCAAUAUACAGCUGGUGGGAAUGAAUGGUUGGACCAAUCCCGUUUGUACUAUAAUUUUUGUCCACUCUUUUCACCUUA